AUGAAACCUAAAAAUAUAAUACCAUUGUUUUUGAAUUAAAAGAUCGAUGAUAUUAGGAGUUAAAAUGUAAGAAGAAGAAUAAAUUCAAUUUCUGAGGGAAAGUCUUAAAUAGGGAUGAUUUAUAAUUAUAUAGAGACAUUGGCUUAGCAUUUAAAAGUUAUCAAAGAGUACAAAAAAUAAACAUUUGUAGGUCAAAGUUUGUAGAUAAUACAGUCUAGGAGUAGGAAAUUAUUAAGUUGA